AUCGAGAGAUAGAGAGCUGUGGGAAAAUGGGAGAAGAGAUUUCAUUGUAUUUGGAAGGUUUGGUCUCUCCUUCAAUUCCUCAGUGUAGAAUCUGUCAUGAAGAAGAAGGAGAAUCCUCUAAAAGCUUGGAAGCUCCUUGUUCUUGCUCGGGAACUCUCAAGUUUGCUCACAGAGAGUGUAUACAGAGGUGGUGUGAUGAGAAAGGGAAUACCACCUGUGAGAUCUGUCUACAGAACUUUGAAGCUGGGUACAUAAUACGGAAAAAAGCUCGAUUGGCUGAUAUAGCUGUGACAAUCAGAGAGAGCUUGGAGGUUCCCAGACAAAACCAUGAGCUACGCCAUCCUAGAUUAGUGGCAAUUGUUGCGGCAGAAGAUGAAUUUAUCGAAACCCGUUACCCUGAAUGCUCCUCUGCAUCUGAGAGAAGUGCGUCAUGCUGUAGAUCCCUGGCUGUAAUUUUCACUAUCCUUUUGCUUGCAAGACAUCUUGUUUCUAUGCUAGGUGGAGCAGACCAUUAUCCAUUUACACUUCUCACUGUGCUCGUUUUAAGGGCCGGUGGAAUUAUUGUGCCAUUAUACAUAAUGGUGAGAACAAUGGAAGCAAUCCAACGGUGGAAGCGGCAAAAUCAACAGCAUCAUGUGUCUGAUGAUUCAUCCCCAGAAGAAGCCGAGGAGGAUGAGCAAUUGCAGCAUACAGUUCAAAUACACUAAAACAUAGCCUGCCCUAAUUUCUGCAGCCAAGUGAAUACAUAUUCUUUAUUUCUUUUUCUGUUUUGUAUUUUAUACCCAAAAUAAAAAAUAAAAAAUCAAAGUUCAAGUCAGUUCCCCUGUAAAUUUAUGCUUUUGUUAAGCUCUUUUAUGUAUCAAUGUGAAAUUAAUAUAUUAAUAGUGAGAAGAGGUUUACAAUCUCUCAUUCAAAUUUCA